AUGUGCUUUGUACGAUCUGUGUCUUUUAUAUGUGACAGGGACACAAAAACUCAACCCACAGAUAGGGGGAUGGAGGCCAUUGUAUGUGCAACACAUGGAGCCAUGGGCUCCGUGCUACGGAAGCUGGGUGCUUUGCUCUCUGAUGAGUAUAAACUUCUCAGAAGUGUGAAAGGUGAUGUCAUGUUCCUUAAAGCUGAGCUUGAGAGCAUGCAUGCUUUUCUCAAGAUGAUGUCCGAGGUUGAGGAUCCUGAUGAGCUGUCCAAGUGCUGGAUUAAGGAGGUACGAGAGCUGUCCUACAACAUCGAGUAUGGCAUCGACAGUUUCAUGCUGUCCCCGUGUGGCGAGUCCAGCCGCAAACCCCGUGGCUUCAAGGGACGCCUCAGCAGGUGCAUGGAUAUAAUGACAAAUUCCAAGACGCGCCAUUGCAUUGCCAAGAAAAUCAAAGUUCUCAAACAAGAUGCUAUUGAGGUCAGCAGUCGGCGGGCGAGGUACAAGGUUGACGAUGUUGUCUCCAAGCCGAGCAGGAUAAGCAUAGAUCCCCGCUUACCAGCAUUUUUCACCGAGAUGACGAGGCUCGCUGGCAUUGAUGGCCCAAAGGAUAAACUCAUCAAGUUGCUAACUGAAGGGGAAGUUGCAAUUGCACAGCAGCUAAAGGUGGUGUCCAUUGUUGGAAUUGGGGGCCUUGGAAAGACUACUCUUGCUAAUCAAGUGUACCAGAAGCUGGAAGGGCAAUUUGAAUGUCAAGCUUUCGUGUCGGUGUCCCAAAAACCCGACUUGAAGAGGAUUUUGAGAAAUAUACUCUCUCAGAUCUGCUGUCAAGAGCGUGUCAGCAACGAAGAAUGGGAUGAGCAGCAACUCAUCAACACAAUAAGACAGUUCCUCAAGCAUAAAAGGUACUUCAUAGUAAUCGAUGAUAUAUGGGGCACCCCAGCAUGGAGAGCAAUCAAAUGUGCUUUUCCUGAAAAUAGUUCUUCCAGCAGAAUACUGACAACAACACGUAUCCUCACAGUAGCCAAGUAUUGUAGCCAUGAUCGUGUGUAUGAAAUAAAGCCUCUUAGUGCAACUCACUCUAAGAGCUUAUUUUUCAAACGAGCAUUUGGCUGUGAAGGUGGAUGCCCUCUUCAACUGAGGGAAGUUUCAGAUGAAAUAUUAAAAAAAUGUGGCGGCUUGCCGUUGGCAAUCAUUACAGUAGCUAGCUUAUUGGCAAAUAAAGCUAGUACCAGAGAAGAAUGGCUGAGAAUACGGAAUUCUCUUGGUUCAGCACUUGAAAAGGAUUUAGACAUGGAAGAGAUGAAGAAGAUAUUGUUCCUUGGUUACAAUGAUCUCCCCUACCAUUUGAAGACAUGUUUGCUAUAUCUAAGUAUAUUCCCUGAAGAUUAUGUGAUCAAGAGGGAUCGGCUGGUAAGGAGAUGGAUCGCGGAAGGUUUUAUCAUUGUAGAAGGUGGACAGGAUCUGGAGGAAGUAGGAGAAGGCUAUUUCAGCGAUCUGAUAAACAGAAGCUUGAUUGAACCAGUUGAAAUCCAGUAUGAUGGUCGAGCUGAUGCUUGUCGUGUCCAUGAUAUGAUUCUUGACCUAAUUAUAUCCAAGUCAAUUGAAGAAAAUUUUGUAACCUUAUCUGGUGACAGCAAACAUAACUCACUUCCAUAUGAUAAGGUUCAUCGACUAUCCCUGAACUAUCAUGCUCAAGAACAUACUAUGGUACCAUCGAACAUGGUUGUCUCUCAUGUUAGAUCCCUCACUAUCUUUGGAUGUGCCGAAGCUGAACACAUGCUUUCUCUUUCAAACUUUCAAUCCGUAAGAGUGUUAGAUAUAGAAAAUAGAGAGGUGUUGGAACACAAAUAUCUUGAACACAUAAGCAGGCUUUCUCAGCUGAAGUACCUUCGACUCAAUGUUAGAAGAAUCACAGCACUUCCUGAACAACUUGGAGAAUUGCGGAAUUUACAGACCUUAGACUUAAGAUGGACAUGGGUAAAGAAGUUGCCAGCUAGUAUUGUUCAACUACAGCAACUGGCAUGUCUGUUAGUUAAGAGCGCAGAGUUGCCCGAAGGGAUUGGGAAUAUGCGAGCUCUACGGGAAUUAUCAGAGAUUGAAAUCAACCAGAAUACCUGUCUGACCUCUUUGCAGGAGCUGGGCAGUCUGACCAAACUAAGAAUACUUGAGCUGAACCUGAAUUGGCACAUAAGUAGUACAAACAGUGGCAUGAAAGCUUGUGUAGAUAACUUGGUCAUGUCCCUCUGCAAACUAGGCAUGCUCAACCUUCGUUCAAUACAUCUUCAGAGCUACCAUUCUUGUUCCCUUGAUUUCCUAAUUGACUCUUGGUUUCCUCCUCCUCAUCUACUCCAGAGAUUUGAGAUGUCCAUUAACUACUAUUUCCCCACAAUCCCAAAGUGGGUAGCCUCACUUGAGCACCUCUCUUACCUAGGCAUCUAUGUCAAUCCAGUGGACGAGGAAACAUUCCGAGUCCUUGGUAACCUGCCCUCUCUAUUAUUUCUCUGGAUAACUUCAAGAACAGCAAGACCUAUAGAAAGGCUCAUUAUCAGCAAUAAUGGAUUCCGAUACCUGAAAGAAUUCUACUUCACUUGCUGGGACAGCGGGGCAGGGCUGAUGUUUGAAGCAGGAGCCAUGCCGGAGCUUGAGAACCUUCGGGUUCCAUUUAAUGCGCAUGAUGUGUUCCCUUCGAGUGGUGGUCUUGAUUUUGGCAUCCAGAAUCUGUAUUCGCUCAAGCAUCUCCACAUCGAGAUAGUUUGUUAUGGCGCGAAAGUUAGGGAGGUGGAGGCCUUGGAGCAUGCUGUCAAGAAUGCGGCUGGCUGUCUUUCAGACGAGCUCACUCUUGAAGUGAAUAGAUGGGAUGAAGAAGAGAUUGUUAAGGAUGGGGAGCAUAAACUGGCAGAGGAGGAGCUCUCUUGCCAAUGA